AGCAGGGAAGGCGGCAAGAACAAGGUCGAGCUGGACAUCGUUCGGAGAGAUCUCAAGCGAGAUUGAUCUGCAAGCCAAAUGCAUUCUUCGUGUUGUCAGGAUUGGAUCAGUCAAUCGUCGCGACUUGCUCUUUUUUUGAUCGCGCGCAGAUGACGCAUGAACUCGAGUCGAUUGAGGACUACAGAGAUCUCUUUGACAAGUUUGACACGUUCCUCUACGACUGCGAUGGCGUGAUAUGGCAUGGCGAUAACGUCAUACCCGGCGUCGCAGACUUCCUCGCGUACCAGCGCAAGCAAGGCAAGAAGCUCAUCUUCGUCACCAACAAUGCCACCAAAGCGCGUGAAGGGUUCAAGGCCAAAUUCGACAAACUUGGCCUAGAGGCUCACAUCGAAGAGAUCUUCGGCUCGGCCUAUGCUAGCGUAGCCUAUCUCAAAUAUGUCUUGGAUUUCCCCAAAGAUAAGAAAGUCUAUGUUAUUGGCGAGGAUGGGCUAGAGAAAGAGCUCGAAUCGGAGGGCAUCGCCUACUGCGGCGGCACAGAUUCCAAAGACAACGUGUUCGUACCCCUGAUGGAUUUCAGCUCUAUCCAGUCGGAUCCAGACGUCGGAGCCGUCAUGGCGGGCUUCGACAUGCACAUCAACUACAAGAAGAUCGCCAAAGCCCAUCGCUAUCUGCAAGAGAACAAAGGCUGCCACUUCAUCCUGACCAACGACGACACAACGUUUCCUCAUUCCGAUGGCAAGCUCUACCCUGGUUCUGGAGCGAUCAGCGCGCCCUUGCGAUAUGCAGUAAAGAACAAGCCCAUCGUCGUUGGCAAGCCGAACCAGCCCAUGCUUGACUGCAUUCUCAAAACGCACGACAUCGACCGAGAGCGAACGCUGAUGAUCGGUGACCGGCUGGACACCGACAUCGCUUUCGGCAAAAAUGGUGGCAUCAAGACUUUGCUCGUACUGACGGGCGUACAAAAGCGAGAAGACUAUCAAGCGAAAGAUGCAGAAGUCGUGCCGGACUACGUCAUCGAAUCUUUGGGCGACCUGUCUGCCCUCACUGAUAGCAACAAGAGGCCGCUCAAUGGCACUGAUGGUAGCAAAGAAGCAAAACGCAGGAUAGAUUAAGCCGGCUAGAUGCAUUGGUUCUUGUCGUCUGACUUCAGAGUGGACAUGUCUACCAACUGCACCUGCUUAUCGCGAUAUUCUGAUGAUGCUUCGGUGAAGGUCGCGGCAUCUCGGGCGCUACACGCCGGGUAAGGCUCUGCCUUUGGAACGUGUUGUAACUUACUCAACCGUACGUGCCUUCACUGUGUUCAGGAUCAAGAUCAGCUGGGUGGACUCAUCGUAAGGGUGGUGUGGCUCAAGCUAACUUUCCACUCGACUUCGGCGAGCACGUCCCAUGUCAGCGUCUCAAGAAGAGCUAGACUGUCUCGAUCUGACUUGAAGCAGAUGUGGCGUUCGAGGUCGGAAAAAAAGGCCCCGUCGAGCACGACCUCGAUGUUGAGCGUUGCGUUGCUAAUGCAAUCCGUGCACCCGUCAAGAGAAGA